CCAGGAAGCAACAGUGCGAGCUGAUUUUCGUUGUUUUGAUAGUUUUUUACGAUAGCUAGCUAACAGCUUGUUAGCAUUAAGCAAAUAUUAGUUCGUGCUCGUCGAUAGAAAAUCAGGAUGCUGCUCUUCGUGCUCAUCUGCUGCCUGGUUCUGGUGCACGGUGAACAUGGGGAGGAGGACUGGUUGGAUCCCUACGAUAUGCUCAACUACGACCCCAGCACCAAAACCAUGAGGAGCCCCGCAGAGACACCAAGCGCUCCAAAUGCACCAACAAAAAGAAGAGAACAUGUUCCAGGAUCCUGUCAUGCAGAGAUAAUGGCCUGCAGUAAAAAUGUGGAAGGUUUACAACAACAGAUCAGUGAUCUGAAGAAGAAUAUCGCAUCCCUCUCACAGCAGCCUAUGUACAGCCCAGUGUUCAAGCGUUUCCUUCACAGGCUCUUGAAUGAAAUGGAAAGAGUUGGUUUGCCCAGUAAGUCAAACAACAUCCUCUAUGAUGCUAAAGUAAGUUUGUCCAGUCAAGCUGUCACAGACAUUCAGAAGUUUCUAGAGGGUGAAGACAGCUGGAGGACAGGGGCACUGGACAGUGCCAUUAGUCAGAUUCUGGUGGAUUUCAGACCACAUAACUAUGAGGCCUGGAAAUGGCAUUUUGAGGACACUUUUGGUGUGGAGCUUGAUACACUCUUGAAGAUUGGUCUUUUUGGUAUGAUCAUAUCGAUCAUCAUCGCCACUCAGUGGUGGUCAUCAGUGUCAUGGUUUGCGCAGCUCAGGAGACUGUUUUAUAUCAGCUUCUUUACUAGUUUUGUUUGGAACUGGUUCUACCUCUACCAGACUGCAUUUGCCGAGCACCAAAACAAUAUAGUCAAGAUGGAUAGUGUAACCGACAAAUGCAGGGGAAUGAAGAAAAUUGACUGGAGUGAUAGUCUGAAAGAGUGGUUCAGAAGUACCUGGACUCUUCAGGAUGAUCCCUGUAAGAAAUAUUUUGAAGUCCUCGUAGUCAACCCCAUUCUGCUGGUUCCUCCGACCAAGGCCAUAUCGCUCACUAUCACUACCUUCAUCACAGAGCCGUUGAAGCAUUUUGGCCAAGGGAUUAGUGAGUUUCUCCGAGCUCUUCUCAAAGACCUACCAAUAACUUUGCAGAUCCCCGUUCUUAUCACAAUUGUGCUUUCCAUUUUGGUAUUCAUGUAUGGAAGUGUGCAGGCAGCCUUCCGAUAUGGCAUCACCGCACCUCUACGCCGCAGAAUAAGGUCCCCGACACCUCCACAGUUGGAACAGCAGCAACCUCCCCUCCACAGAAUCCAGGAUGUUAAUCACUUAACAGGGGCUAGCACACCAUCCUGUACCACAAUACCUGGAGCCAGUGACAGUAGACCACACCGGAGCCAGGUUCGACAGAGGCAACCCAGCAGUCCCAGGGUGACCGUGGAGACUCUACACACUGCAAGCCAGGAUGAGACCGACACUGUUUGGCACGAGCAAAGUCCUGAGACAGAUCAAUCAGAGAAUCUCACAGCCACUGACAGCGACCAUCAAACUGAGACAGAUUCAGACAACCCUGAGGACACUGAAGAGGAGCUCCCGAAAGCCAUUAUGUCUGUACCGCUGCAGCCAACAGACAGUGAAACCAAAUCCAACACCCCCCAAGUGAAAAGUAAACUUUUUGAAUCAAGUCCAAACAAAUCCCUGUUGAAGGCUAAAUGUCUGAAAGUCAAUGAUCUUUCUCAUCUUGAGCAUAGUAGAAACAAAGGAGCGUCCAAAUCUCGGCCAAAGAAGAAACGGGCUGAGAUUCUGUGAAGCACGUAGACUUCUGAAAACUCAGCAGAGAUUAAUGUAUAGGUGUAACCCAUGUUGUAAGCCCUUUAGAGUCUUCAAAACACCAGAAGCAGAUCAGAACCCUUCUGCGCCAGGGGAACACGCUGAAUCUGUCCCAGUUUUGGUUGGGAUAACUUCUCCAAUAUCAGCAGAGAAAUGGGCGGUCUGUAUACCUUUUCGGUUUUCCUCUGCAGUGCAAGCUUUGCCUGUUUAUAUUUUAUAAACUUUGCUGGCAAAUUUGAUUUUGUAUUUUGUAAUUAUGGAUUUUAAGAAUCACAGAUUUUAAUAAAUUAUGAUUGUUAUUAUCAUUAAUAUUAGUAUUAUUAUGGGGUUCUGAAGCAAAAAUGGCUGUGUUUAUUUUCCAAGUAGCAAAUUCUUCAGGAUUCCAGUUUUGCUGGUGGAACAUUUAUUCUGAGUUCUCUGAGAUUAUUUUUGGAAAUAAAUCAGAUUUGCCUUGCUUGUCAUGAUGAACUCUU